AUGGGCCAGAUUGGGAAGGGCGGUACGAGGGUGAGACUUGGCGUUGGUGUUUUGGAACAUCAAAGAUGGACAGGGUUUUCGCGGAGGUCGCUCCUCGGAUAUCUCCACAACUACAGGUCGGGGGUCUUCCAAAAUCGAGAAGAUUGGUGCAUAUGGCUAGGUCACUUCACCUUACAAUUUGUAUGGCACUCUGGCCCGGGGUUGUGGUGUGGUAGGGGAGAACGGGGGAUAAUCCCACACAGGAGCUUCGAACAACGUCCGGUUCACGUUUGGCUGGAUAACUCCACCACCACACGGGGUAUGCGGUCGGCGAUGGGGUCAAAAUGCUCGUAUGAUCGAGGGCUUUUCGAUGGAUCUAUCGGCGGGUUCUUAUUCGAAAAAUCGAGCGAGUUCGUGGUGGAGCGGUUGACUGAGUGUGAACUUAAUAACUUUAAUAUAAGAAAAUUCAAUAAUUGA